GUGUUUUACGAUCAGACCCCGCACUCUUUCUCAUCCACAUGUCGCUCGGGUGAGAUCGAACAAGUUUUAUAAAGACGGGGCCCAAAUUCAUCCAAUAUUAGCUGUGAUGUUAGCAAUGUUAGCAUCGCGGAUUUCACUUUGGUUUGAACUGAUAAACUGUCUUUGCACAGAUUCAGACGCUAAGUAUGUGGAGCGUUUCCAUAACUCCGUUUCAACUACACUCCAUUCUCUCGCUACCACGCCUACAGUCACUCAGUUUGAGUGAAUCCAGACCAGUUGACAUGGACAAUGGAGAGACACUGACUCGUCAAAUAACCUCUGAGUCAGUAGAUGAGCUAUCUGUGGAUGGUAGGCAUUUGACCAGUCUGUGGAACCUUGGACUUCAUACUUCAUGUCCCAGAGUGAAAACGUUCAGGCUGGAAUGGUCGGACAAUGAAAAUGUCUCAUCAGAUAUCGUCACAAUGGCCUGCUCUCCGUUCCAUCAUCUAACUCAUCUUCACAUCCACAGAAACAUGGUGUAUGCAUCUUCUGUUACACUGAAUGAUCCCGUGUCAUUCUGCAAGGCGGUUAAAACAUCAUGUCCCCUACUCACCAAGCUGUCCAUUACCCACAUUUACAUGUACAACGGGAAGGCAGCUGAGAUUAUCAAACUCAUGAAGACUCAUGCACACCUGACAAACAUAGAGUUAGAGCGGUGUAGUACCGACACGGAUUUGGAUCCACUGAUUUCUGAGGUAAACAAUGAAGGCAAGCUGACUGUCACCACGAUACAUGGCUGGUUUCAAUGGAGGGUCUAGUGGAGGUUCUGAAGAUAACGCUAAAGUACUAUGUGGUUUGGCCGUCAAGCAACAACGCAUCAACGUCAGACGAUGACCCUCAUUAGACCACGUGAUGGCAGCAGACUACUGCGGACUUCAAAAUGAAACUUGUCGAGUGUGGCGGUAACCAGGUUACCCGAAUAACUAAUUAUACUAACUGAAGGAUAUUUCAAGUUAAAGUACAUGGAAUAUCGUAUCACAAACUUAUUACUGCUUAUGCCAUGUCUCGAUACUUUUAAUUAAUAACUUUAUAAUUAUGUUGACGCAUAAUUAUGGAGAAGGUCGAUUUUUUUUUCAGGACAAAUUUUUAAUUCUUUGCAGCCUCUUUGAAAGUACUUUGACCAUGGCAAAGGUUUUGUGCUUUAUACUGCAAGCACAUCAUAUUAUAUCAUAGUAAAGAGAAAAAGAGAUUGGAUUUGAGUCGGCAUAAAUUGAAUCUAUCAUUAUUUAUUUCUAUAUCUUAAACUACAUGCCAUGUAAAUACAAUACUUCAUUACAGUGUUGUUCAUGGAUGUUAGCCUGAGAGUCUGCCGUGCUUCAUGAACAUAAUAACUAGUUUGACGAAAAUACAAUGUUGUAAAGUAUGAUUACAUUGUGCAGAGUAUGUGUACGGCUAAAUGUGACAAGAUAUAAGUUUUUCUACUCAAUGUACUUUUACAAUUCCAUUCGAACCAUAUAACCAUAUGAACCAUACACGUCGUGCUAUUGUUGUUAUUAUUGUUAUCACCCUUAAGUAUUUUGUAAUUUGCAUCCAACUAUAAAUCAUGCACGAUCAUAUGAAAUCUUUGAUUUAAUCUAGUCUAGUUCGUGACAUGCAUGCAACAGUUAUUAAUGUGGUAAAAAAGAGGAAUUAGUCAUCUUGAUCUCGUUGUAAUAUUCUUAUAUCAAAUCGUGAUCAGAUCGUGUAUAUGUACAAUCUAGUUUAUUUGUGAGAUUUGUGAGAGAUAGUGAUUCUUAUCUACAAUGCUUAUUUAUUUUCGAGUAAUAUAUUUCAAACAUCCGAUGCUCCUGUACAUUGUUUUUACCGUUGUACAUCUUUUCAACUUAUACUCCAUUAUAAAUUCUUUCAAUUGAUGUCUCUAUUGUAAUGUUCACUUUCAUUAAUGCCUGUGAUGUAAUGAUUUUGUCAGUUGGUGUGUAAUACACCUGAAUAAGGGACAGUGAAGUGGAGUCUUGCAAUAUACGUUACGUAGUGAGAGGUGUAUUCUCUUUGUUCGAGCUGUAUUGAAAACAUUGCUCUUCUUACAUGCUCUUUGAUUGCCUUGAGAAAUUCUGGAUUCAACUGAAAGCCAGUGAAUUUAUCUUUGAACUAUUUCCCAUGUUCAUGGAUUUGUAGGAAUGCUGUUAUGUGUUAUUGAUAUCCGAAAUGUAUUCAAUAUGUAAAUACAAAAAAGGGAAUCAAUUUGUAUUCAUUCAUUCACGUCUUCCUACACACGUAAAUUUAUUUUGCUUAUAUACCUGAGAGUGUACAUAAUUGCAUGUUAACAAAGUGGAAACAAAGAAUACAUAUGAAUAUAACUUACUGCUGUAGGACUUGCAGGAUAUGAAAUUUGUUGUAAGAAUAACAAAUGUUUGUAACUAUCUCAUAAGUAAUUGUAGAGACAACAAUUCCGUGUAUUUAUCUAAGCAGUAAGACUGUCAUUUGAUUUGAAUAAUUAUUUUAUCAUGUGAUAAGCUACUUAUUUGGUUAUGUCAUAGACCUAAUAGAUCCUUGGCUAUAGGGAUCGUAUAUGCUCGUUGAAGUUGUGAUGUUUUGUUUAUAAAGGUAACACAGGUUGUUGUUAAGGUCAUUUGGAAAAAAAUAUUUG